GUCGGUUUUUGGUGAUUGCUGAUUGGCCAAUCCUGUUCUACGGAGUUGGCGCCAUCGCAAGCCUCCGUGCUGUCUACAGAGCGCUCUCCAGGAGAUUUUCUACUCUUUUGCCAGUAUUAGUGGAUUAACCACGACACAAUGGCUGAUAAAGAUGGUGCAUUUGAUGAUGCUGUUGAGGAAAGGGUGAUCAAUGAGGAGUACAAGAUCUGGAAGAAGAACACGCCUUUCCUCUAUGACCUGGUCAUGACACACGCCCUGGAGUGGCCCAGCCUCACCGCCCAGUGGCUGCCUGAUGUCACCAGGCCGGAAGGUAAAGACUACAGCGUACACCGACUGGUUUUGGGAACACACACUUCUGAUGAGCAGAAUCAUCUUGUAAUUGCUAGUGUUCAGCUCCCGAAUGAUGAUGCCCAGUUUGAUGCAUCACACUACGACAGCGAGAAAGGAGAGUUUGGAGGCUUUGGAUCUGUAAGUGGGAAGAUAGAGAUUGAGAUCAAGAUCAACCAUGAGGGGGAAGUGAACAGAGCCCGCUACAUGCCUCAGAAUCCUUGCAUCAUCGCCACCAAGACCCCCACCAGUGACGUGCUGGUCUUUGAUUACACAAAGCACCCUUCUAAACCGGACCCUUCUGGAGAAUGCACCCCAGACCUGCGGUUGCGAGGCCACCAGAAGGAGGGCUAUGGUCUCUCCUGGAACCCAAACCUCAGCGGCUGCCUCCUCAGUGCCUCUGAUGACCAUACAAUCUGCUUAUGGGACAUCAGCGCAGUGCCCAAGGAGGGAAAGAUAGUGGAUGCCAAGACCAUCUUCACAGGCCACACGGCCGUAGUGGAGGACGUUUCCUGGCACCUGCUCCAUGAGUCGCUCUUUGGCUCUGUGGCCGAUGACCAGAAACUCAUGAUCUGGGACACGCGGUCAAACAACACCUCCAAGCCCAGCCAUGCCGUGGAUGCCCACACCGCAGAGGUCAACUGCUUGUCCUUCAAUCCCUACAGCGAGUUCAUCUUGGCCUCUGGCUCUGCAGAUAAGACUGUGGCUCUUUGGGACCUGAGGAACUUGAAGCUGAAGCUGCACUCGUUUGAGUCUCACAAGGACGAGAUCUUCCAGGUUCAGUGGUCUCCUCAUAACGAAACCAUCCUGGCCUCCAGCGGCACCGACAGGAGGCUCAACGUCUGGGAUCUCAGUAAGAUCGGAGAGGAACAGUCCCCGGAGGAUGCUGAGGACGGCCCUCCUGAGCUGCUGUUCAUCCACGGCGGACACACAGCGAAGAUCUCAGACUUCUCUUGGAACCCCAACGAGCCGUGGGUCAUCUGCUCUGUAUCAGAGGACAACAUCAUGGAAGUCUGGCAAAUGGCGGAAAAUAUCUACAACGAUGAGGACCCAGAAGGGGCUGCAGAUUCAGAAGUCCAGGCAUGAGUCUCGUCUCCACUUCUCUUCAGUUGACCUGCUUGUUAAAGACGGGUUUAUUUUCCAGUGCUGGGUGCAUAAGCAGUAAUCUCCUUUUUUUUAAAAUCCAUUUUUAGGCAGCAGUGUUUUUUGUAAAAAAAUUGAAAGAAUAAAAUGCUGCGUUGUCAUAUGUCGUGAAGUAUUUAAAGUAAGUCCGUAUUGGUCAGAUAUUUAGAUCUUUUUAGUUUCCCAGUUCUCCCCUUUGGCUUGGGAUGAAACCAUCACAAAUGUUUCCGACAUUCAGGUUUGCUUUUUGAUGGUUUUAUGUCUUUCAUCCUUGUUGGUUGUGCUGAAAAAAAUUCUAAGAAGAUCCAUUUUUAAUAAAAUUGUACAUACUAUAGGUUUUUCUUGUAUUUGCUUGAUAUUAAUAUGAUACAUUUUCCAGAUUGUGUGUGCUACUUGUAUGUAUGUGUGUUUUUUCUCUGCUUUUUUGUGCUGUAUCUGAGCUCUUGUGUACUUAAGUAUAUUCAUAAUAAAAUAUUUACAGUAAA